AACCCCAAAUGAAUUUUCUCUCUCCUCAACCUCCAACUCGCAGGAGUGCUGGCGUGCUGCUCUUCAUCUCCUUCUUCCGGACUCCGGAGUUGUGAUUGUCUCCUCUUAAAAAUUCCGAGAGCAAAACCACCAUAUUCUAGUUGUAUCACCACCACUAGUCGGCGGCGCUGCCAUUGUGGAUUUUCAUUUUGGGAACUUCCAACCACCCCCCAGUCUCUACCACUGCUCUCGGUGUUGACAACAGUGUAGUGGAAAAUGGAUCGGGGCCGACUAAACAGACCUCGUUGCUCUGGUCCUAUCCCAUCGGAAGAAUCAGCACUGGAUCUGGAAAGGAAUUCAUGCGGCCACCAUUAUUUUCCUUCUUUGAGUCCGCCACUUCAGCCCUUUGCAUCGGCAGGGCAGCACUCUGAAAGCAGCGCAGCUUAUUUCUCAUGGCCUGCUUCCUGUCGAAUAAGUGAUGCUGCUGAAGACAGGGCAAAUUACUUUGCAAAUCUUCAAAAAGGAGUUCUUCCUGAAACUCUUGGUCGGCUACCUCAAGGUCAGCGAGCAACAACUUUGCUUGAGUUGAUGACCAUAAGGGCUUUUCACAGCAAAAUUUUACGUUGUUAUAGUCUGGGAACAGCAAUUGGUUUUCGCAUCAAAAAGGGUGUGUUGACUGAAGUACCCGCCAUUCUUGUUUUUGUUUCAAGGAAGGUACACAAGCAAUGGCUGAGCCCCAUCCAAUGUUUACCUACUGCCUUAGAGGGACCAGGAGGCGUAUGGUGUGAUGUGGAUGUCGUAGAAUUCUCAUAUUUUGGAGCUCCAGAGCCUUCUCCUAAAGAGCAACUUUACACUGAGAUUGUGGAUGAUCUGCGUGGGAAUGAUUCAUGUAUUGGUUCAGGUUCUCAGGUGGCAAGCCAAGAGACUUAUGGAACCCUGGGUGCUAUUGUAAGGAGUCAAACUGGAAGCAGACAAGUGGGCUUCCUGACGAAUCGGCAUGUUGCAGUUGACUUAGAUUAUCCGAGCCAGAAGAUGUUUCAUCCCCUGCCUCCAAAUCUUGGCCCUGGUGUUUAUCUAGGUGCUGUGGAGAGGGCUACGUCCUUCAUCACAGAUGACCUGUGGUAUGGUAUAUUCGCUGGAAUAAACCCAGAGACAUUUGUGAGAGCAGAUGGAGCAUUCAUUCCGUUUGUGGAUGAUUUUGCAAUGUCAACCAUAAGUACGUCUGUGAAAGGGGUUGGGGAGAUAGGAGAUGUGAAGCAUAUAGACCUGCAAUCUCCUAUUAGUAGCUUAAUUGGAAAACGAGUGAUGAAAGUUGGUAGAAGUUCUGGGCUGACAACUGGUGUUGUAUUAGCUUAUGCACUUGAGUACAAUGAUGAGAAGGGAAUAUGUUUCUUGACUGAUUUUCUUGUUGUUGGUGAGAACCAGCAAACCUUUGACCUUGAAGGAGACAGUGGAAGCCUCAUUAUGUUAGUAGGGGAAAAUGGGGAUAAACCACGCCCAAUUGGCAUCAUAUGGGGUGGAACUGCUAAUCGUGGUCGUCUCAAAUUAAAAGUUGGCUUUGCACCCGAGAAUUGGACUAGUGGUGUUGAUUUAGGACGUCUUCUCAAUCUGCUUGAGCUUGAUCUCAUCACAACCAGCCAAGGCCUUGAAGAGGCAGUGCAAGAACAAAUAGUUGCAUCUGCAACAGCAAUGAAUUCAGCAGUAGGUGAUUCCUCUCCUCCCCCACCUGUUGGACUUCCAUUGGAUAGCAGGAGAUCUUCUGUUCCUGAUAUUAAUACAUCAGCAAUGGACACAGAAUAUAAUGUGGAAGACGGGGAGAAGGUAAGCCCAAGCGUGGAGCAUCAGUUUAUCCCUAGUUUCGGCAGACAAUCUCCGUUACAUAAAUUUGACCAAGAGGAGAUGAAGCGGCGGUCUAAUCUGUCAGUUUUUAGGAAUGGUUCAGAAAGUGAUAUAUCAUUGCAAUUGGGUGACAACGAGUUAAAGAGGAGACGAUCAGAUGCUUCUGCUAGCUCUGAAGAGCCAGGUACGCAGAAGUUAGAGCUUUAGCCAAGCAGUGUUCAUGUGAGUUGUUUAGUAUUUGUAAUUCUGAAUAACUAUAAUUCAAGAUUUAAUGGUGGUGUUGGUGGUCAAUGUAUAAAAAUCAUGCUAACACCAUCAUCAUUAUCAUUUGUAUUUUCCUUAAUCUCUAUCCCCAUGUCAUGUAGAAUGCUUCUCGGUGUAUAAUGGACGACGCCUUAUGCCCAACUAGCUAAGAUUGAGAAUGCUAAUAUGUUAAUUGGGAUAUUAUCCAUGAUAACUCGGUCGAAUGUGUAUAUGUUCUUAAUAUGAUUUGGGUUUCGA